AUGACCUUCCAACACUCGGAAAAAUCUGCACAAGUCCCAGUCAAACGAGAGUUCAAGCAGGCUAAAGCAGCCUAUCUUCACCAACCUCUACAUCUCCAGCUCAAUACUGGUGACGAGUAUACCAACUUUCGUCAAAAAUGGUGGCAGUGGUGGUUACCCAAGGACCCACCGCCUCCAGCUCCCCCAUCUCUGGAGGAUGCAGUGCUGACGCCUUUGGCCGAUGCUUCCAUUUUCUCUCAGCUCACUUUCACCUGGAUAACCGGUAUAAUGGUCCUUGGAUAUCAACGCACGCUGCAAGCGUCUGAUCUAUACAAAAUGGACACACCUCGACAGUCAGCGGUACUUGCCGCCAAACUUGAAGCUGCAUGGCAGCGGCGUGUUAAGGCAGCAGCCGACUGGAAUGCACGGCUUGAGAAUGGAGAGCUCAGGCCAUCUCUCUUCAAACGUACAGGCUGGGCCUUACGUGCAAUUUGCUGUAAAGGACAGAUGCAAGGCACGACUUGGUCUGAGCGACGUGCAGCGUUUCGAAAACAUUGGCGAGAAUCCGAAGGACGGAAAGAGGCCAGCCUUACCUGGGCUUUGAAUGAUGUCUUUCGCAGUAUGUUCUGGAUUGGAGGUGUAUUCAAGGCAUGGGUCUUUAGUGAUACAGCACAAGUCAUGAGCCCUAUCGUCCUUCGGCAAAUCAUCGUCUUUGCGCAGGAGCGUUCCGCCGCAAUCAUUGCUGGAGAGUCUGUCCCCAAUGUCGGUCGCGGUAUCGCUAUGGCUCUUGGGCUCUUCGUGCUUACGGUGACAGCCGGCGUCUGCUCCCAGCAGUACUUUUGGCGUUCAAUGGCAACAGGCGUACUGGUUAGAGCCGCGCUGAUCACAUGUGUUUACGAGCGUGGAGUGAACCUGACAGGCAAAGCGCGUGUCAAACUCAAUAACGCCGCACUGAUUAACCAUAUCUCUACGGAUGUGAGCAGGAUUGACGUUUGCACUCAGGGGUUUCAUGCAGCCUGGGCUGGGCCUAUCCAGGUCAUACUUUGUCUAAUCAUUCUUCUAGCCGAGCUCGGUCCGUCUGCGCUCACUGGUUUUUCGCUAUUCGUCCUCGUCAUCCCCUUUCAAAUGCGACUAAUGACACUGCAGCACCGUAUUCGCUUGGGGUCAAUGAAAUGGACUGAUCAACGAGCCAAAGUCCUGCUAGAGGUCCUCGGCACAAUGCGAGUGAUCAAGUACUUUUCAUACGAGGUUCCCUUCUUUCAAAGGAUCUUGGAACUUCGCAAAAAGGAAUUGCAUGGUAUCCGACGGAUUCUUCACUCAAGUUCGGCGAGCCUGGCGCUCGCUCUUUCGCUCCCAGUUCUCGCUGCUACAGUAGCCUUCGUCACAUACUCCCUCACAGCGCACAACUUCAACGUUGCCGCCAUAUUUUCCUCGCUGAGUCUGUUCCAGAUUCUCCGGGAACCAAUGUUGUACAUGCCCCGCGCUCUAUCGGCAAUCUCUGACGCAUCCAGCGCGAUCCAGCGACUUACGCACAUAUUCCAUGCAGAACUUAUUCCCGAAGAUGCGCUCGUAAUAAACGAGGACCAACAACCCGCGCUUCUGGUGAAGGACGCAACAUUUGAGUGGGAGUCCUUCGAGAAAGACUUUGGUGAAGCUCUCAGCUCGAAGAAGGGCGCACACGGCGACAAGAGCGCGAAAGAGGGCAAGGCGAAAGACCAACUCGCACCUGAAAAGGAUGUACUACGCUUUAGGGUCAAGAACGUGAACAUGACCAUCCCACGAGGUCAGCUGGUCGCCGUGGUCGGGCCUGUCGGAAGCGGCAAGUCCAGUUUGUUGCAAGGAUUGAUUGGGGAGAUGAGGAAGGUCUCCGGGCAUGUCUCGUUCGGCGGUCGCCUUGGUUAUUGCCCGCAGACUGCAUGGAUCCAAAAUGCAACCUUGCGUGAUAAUAUCACUUUCGGCCGACCAUUCGAGGAAGAUAGAUAUUGGCGCGUUCUUGAGACCACUUGUCUACUUCCAGAUCUGCAACUGCUCCCUGAUGGGGACUUGACUGAGAUUGGAGAAAAGGGCAUCAAUCUCAGCGGGGGUCAAAAGCAGAGAGUUAACAUCGCUCGUGCUCUGUACUUUGACCCUGAAAUUGUCAUAUUUGAUGACCCGCUCUCAGCAGUGGACGCCCACGUCGGAAAGUCGUUAUUCCAAGAUGCCAUCGUUGGUGCUCUCCGCAAUCGCGGCGUUACCGUGAUUCUGGUCACGCAUGCGAUCCACUUCCUCUCUCAAGUAGAUUACAUCUAUACCCUGAACAAUGGUGUUAUCACAGAUAGCGGGACCUACGAUGAACUGAUCUCCCGCGGUGGGGACUUUGCGCGUUUGGACCUGGAGUUCGGUGGUCAUGCGUCUGAGUGGGACAAUAAUGACCAGGCAGAGGAAGUCAAGACUCUGCAGGCUCACGUCACCAUCGAUGAUGUGAAGUUGAAGUCAGAAAGAGCUAGAGAAAGGGCUACUGGCAGUGGUAAAGUCGAAGGUCACUUGAUCGUCAAAGAGAAGCGGACGACGGGCUCUGUGUCCUGGAAAGUGUACUGGACCUACUUGGUUGCGGGACGCAGUUCGAUAACCGGACCUCUAGUUCUUUUCUCUAUGCUUGCGAUGCAGGGAAGCCAGAUCUUGAACUCGUAUACGUUAGUUUGGUGGGAGAGCAACAAAUUUGAACGACCAAACUCGUUCUAUCAGACGCUGUAUGGUUGCCUCGGGGUUGCUCAAGCCAUCUUUACAUUCUUUCUUGGCGUUGGAAUGGAUUUGAUUGCCUUUUACGUGUCUCAAAACCUGCACCACAAGUCCUUACACAACGUCUUUUAUGCAUCCAUGUCCUUUUUUGACACCACACCCAUGGGCCGAAUCCUGAGUGUUUUUGGCAAAGAUAUCGACAGUAUUGAUAAUCAAUUAGCAAACACGAUGAGAGCAGUGGUCAUGUUGCUGUCCGCCGUUAUGAGCGCUAUCAUCAUUGUUGCAUUCCUUGAACCAUACUUUGUUAUUGCUGUUUUCUUCAUCUUGAUCGGUUACAGCUACUACGCUGCCUUCUAUCGAGCUAGUGCCCGCGAGGUCAAGCGCCUGGACUCCAUGCUUCGCUCUCUUCUGUAUGCCCACUUUUCCGAGACCUUGACAGGACUUCCCACCAUCCGAAGCUACGGAGAAAUGAAGCGCUUCAUUGCUGCUAAUAGAUACUACGUCGAUCUGGAGAAUAGAGCUCUAUACAUCGUGGUUACAAACCAGAGAUGGCUUGCGAUAAGGUUGGACCUCACAGGAAGCGUGCUAGUCUUCUUUGUUGCUCUUCUCGCAGUGACCGACGUCUCAGGGGUUAAUGCUGCCCAGAUAGGGUUGGUAUUGACGUAUACCAUCUUUCUGACACAAACGUGUACUCUCGUGAUCAGACAGACGGCAGACGUCGAGAAUAACAUGAACGCAGUGGAACGACGUGAGCCGCGAGUUUUACGAUACUUCCACUCGCGUUUACUCUUCACAGUGGUACAGUACGUCGAUGAGGACACGAUCCCUCAAGAGGCACCACAUGAGAUCGAAGAACGCAAGCCCCCGACGCGAUGGCCCGAACAUGGCGCUGUCGAAUUUAACGAUAUUAAGAUGUCAUAUAGGCCAGGCCUCUCGAAUGUUUUGAGGGGUAUCUCGAUCAAAGGUCAAGGGAGGACUGGUGCUGGUAAAUCUUCGUUGAUGCUCGCAGCUGUUCCGAAUUGUCGAGUUGUCUGGUGGUUCGAUCAUUAUCGAUGGGUACGUUGGUCAUUGCUCGUGACAAAUAUUGUGGUUUUAACCCUGUCCAGAGUCGAUAUAUCUACGAUUGGUCUUAAGGACCUCCGCUCCAAGAUUUCUAUCAUCCCACAAGAUCCUCUUCUUUUUAGUGGGACCAUACGAUCCAACCUGGAUCCAUUCGCCCAACACGAUGACGCGGAGCUCUGGGAUGCGCUACAUAGAUCUUGUCUUAUUAAUUCUAGCACCACCUCGAAACAUUCAUCUUCCAGCGAUGGCAUCAGGAACGAGCAAACUUCCACGGGCCGCUACGACCUUGACAACACCAUUGAGAGCGAAGGAGCAAACCUCAGUGUUGGAGAGAGAUCUCUACUCAGUCUAGCUCGUGCACUGGUGAAAGACUGCAAAGUCGUUGUGCUUGACGAGGCCACAGCCUCUGUUGAUCUCGAGACUGAUAGCAAGAUCCAGCACACUAUCCAGACAGAAUUUAAGGACCAUACGCUACUUUGCAUUGCCCAUCGACUACGAACUAUCAUUUCCUAUGACCGUAUUCUGGUCCUCGACGCUGGCCUUGUUGCAGAAUUCGACACUCCAUCUAAUCUUUUCAAAGUGGAGGGUGGAAUUUUCCGCGGAAUGUGCGAGAAGAGUAACAUCUCCUUGAAAGAUAUAGAGGCGAGUAUGCAGGUUUAA